CAUUGAUUGAUCUCCCCUCCACUCCCCGCUGACCAGAGAAAACACCCGAUAGCGAAUGCGAGAGGGGAUUUAAAUUAGACAAAAAACCGUCCGCUUUAGUUGACGGACGAGGCGGCCGUCUGAGCUUCUCAUGCUGGUCGGCGUCGUCUGCGGGUUCGCGUGUCGGAGAGUCGGCUCGGCGGUGGCGCAGGGCGACGUUAGCUGGGCUGUAAUGUCGGCACCGUUGGACUUGUUUUCCCCCGUAGCCCUCGCUUCCUGUUAGCCUCGGGCUCGCUUGGAAAAUCGGAAUUAUGUUAAUGACCGAGCAGGUAUAGUUAGCCAGCACAAAAGGAGGUGGAGGUGGAAGUUUUCCGCCCGCGAUAGCCAGCCACUUCCACCUGACUUCUGUCAUUUCUCUCCUCGCAAAUCUCCGCUGCUAACUUUUUUUUUUUUUUUUAUUUAAUGGCCAGUAUCCGGGUUAGUUUGCUAGCGCGCCUCUGCUAGCCAUCUUUGCGUCGCUUUGACGGCUCGGGAGUGCUGAACUUGGCCGGGUUUUUGACGACAAAGAGCAGGCGGCGUUGAGUUGAUGGUUAGAUUCCGCUUGUUUGCGGCGGCUUCGCUCGCGUAACCAGUGCCUGUAAAACACUUUAAUCUCCCGGAGCUGCUCACUGUGCACAGACAAAGGGAAGAAAGGGCUUGUUCGGCUACUGAGGGACGUCAUUGAUUUUUUUUCUUUUUGUGUCGAUAUAUUUCAACUAUGUUUUUAGAUAUUUUGGUUGCAAUUGUUUAAAACUAAAAUAUAAAAAGGGAAAAAAAGAGAGUGGGGGGAAACGUUUUUUUUUCCUUCUUCUUCUUCCAGGCAGUGAUAGUGGAUGGAGCAGAUGCACGUCGCGUUUGCAUGCUGUGCUUCCCUGAUCCUGCAGCUUCCAGGUUGAUCUAAUUUAGUUGCGCCAGAAAUCGCCAAGAGUCGCUGAUCUCUAGAGCUAAUUGCUAAGUUAGAUAGUCGCGAAGAGGUUGCAUCGUCCACCUCCUCAUCCAUCCAUCCAUCCGUCCGUCAGUCCAGCCACCCACCACCGCCCACCUCCUCUCCUCCCCGGCCAUGGACCCCCCCAGGACUCGGUCUCGGUCUCGAUCUGGUUUCUACCACUUCUCCAUGAACGGCGUCGGCGGCAACAACAACAACAACGACGGCGGCUUGAUGAGCGCCAGCGGCGGAGGGGUGAGCUACCCGCCGCCGAGUAACCCCGGCUGGGCGCCGCACCACGGAGGACGGAGCUACUCGGAGGGCCAGCAGCAGCAGCAGCAGCUGCAGCCGCCUCCGGCGCAGCAGCAGCAACAGCAACACGCCCAGGGGAGCUACCUGUCCUCAGGGGGGCAGCGCCACUCCGCACACGGAGCUCACAGACACCCCGGGGCAGGAGGAGUGCUGCAUUUUCAUCCGGAUAAUGUGUGCAGUGAGGAUCGAGACAAAAUGGAGGACAGCCCGAGCCCCAAACGGCAGCGUCUCUCCCAGCAGUCCAUGUUGGACCUCGGCUCGGCUCCUCCUUCCACUCCUUCCUCCCCCAUCCGGCCGUGGGAGCUGCCUCCCAGCCGCAGGCCACACCCCCACUACAUGCCCGAGAGAUGCCACACACCUGUCAGGAACCGCCGCAGUCCUCCAAUGAGACGCCAGCGCGGCCGGAGAGACCGCCUGACCCGCCACCAUCACCACUAUAACGGCAACAACAAUCACCACCACCAUCACCACCCGAACAGCCACCAUCAUCACCAUCACCAUCUCCACGCCCACCACGGCCCCUCGCCUGGCCAUCAGGACGAAAACUACCGGCACCCCGCCCCCCCUCAGGGUUACCCACCCUACAGCCAGCAACCUCCCAGAGGGCCGGGGUCCGGGCCUGAAGACCGUCCAGGUUACCAUCCCCCCAACCCCUCCCCCAGGCCUCUUCACCAGUCACCAAACCUGUCUCCCAGGCUGUUGCACCACGGCGCCCAUCCGCAGCACCCGCAUCCCCACCCAUCCCAGCAACAGGGCGGCGGGGUCCUGGAUCUCCAGGAACAGGGUUCGGUUCCGGUGUCGUAUCCCGUGUCUCCUCCGGGCGUGCCGCCAGGCCUGCCGCCUCGCUCUGCCCCGCAGCAGAUCCCAGCAUGCUCUGUGGUCUUUAGCGGGCAGCACUAUCCCGUCUGCAGCGUCCCUCCUCCUGUUCUCCAGACUUGUUCCGUUCAGCAUCUGCCCAUGCCCUACCCCUUCCCGUCCUUGCUGUCCAGUGACCCGACCUUCUUGAUCCCCCCUCCUCACCUCACCCACCCUCCGCCGCACCUCUCCCACCACCCGCCUCACUUGCCCCAGCCGGCGCAGUUUGGACCGUAUCCGGCGCAGCAGGCUCGAUCGCCUUUACAGAGGAUAGAAAAUGACGUGGAGUUGCUGGGGGAGCAUCUGUCUCUGGGCGCCGGGCUCCACUACUCCCCGGCCGCACACCCAGCCCUCACCCCACACUCCACGCCCCUCCACUUCCUCUCCCACGAGCCCCUCACACAGGAGUUCUUCGGAGUGUCUUAUCCAAACUUCAUUCCUCGGCGUCUCCCGGGGCGGCGGUACCGUUCGCAACAGCUUCCACCUUCGCCUUAUCACCCCAGCCUCCUGCCUUACUUCCUCUCAAUGCUGCCAGUCCAGCCCACAGGCCCCGCAAUCAGCCUGGAGCUGGAUGUAGAUGAUGGAGAAGUGGAGAAUUAUGAGGCCCUCCUGAAUCUUGCCGAGCGCCUGGGAGAGGCCAAACUCCGAGGACUGACCAAGGGGGACAUCGAACAACUCCCUUCCUAUCGAUUCAACCCAAAUAACCAUCAGUCUGAGCAAACACUGUGUGUGGUAUGUAUGAGUGAUUUUGAGUCCCGCCAACUGCUGCGAGUCCUGCCCUGCAGUCACGAGUUCCACGGAAAGUGUGUCGACAAGUGGCUGAGGGCCAACAGGACAUGCCCCAUCUGUCGAGCCGACGCCUCGGAGGUCCAGAGAGACUCGGAGUGACCACAGGAGGGAGCCCUACACCUCCUGCUGUCGGUCCAACACAUCUAGCACUGCCCCGCUCCUGACGAAUCGACACACAGACACAUGCAGCGUCACCCUACAUGUUGGUGGAGCACUUUAUUCUCCAUAGUCGUCGUUUCUUUCUUUCUUAAAGAUUGCGUCGGACAUUUGAUGUUUGCUUUAAUCUGAUGACUUGUCACACUUUCCUUUUCUGUACAUGCACACAGGUCCUCACGUUUUAAGUGAAUGACUUACCUUCCUGCGGUAGUGCGUGUGUGUCUGCAUACCUGUGCAUGCACCACCACUGUUGGUCGGCUCUGUAAAGCAGGGCUUUGGUACAUGACUGUGUUGGUGUGUGUGUGUGUGUGUGUCGGUGUGGAAGGGAUUUUAGGGAUCCUGGAGCAUGAAUGAAUUGUUUUUGUGUCGGACAAAAGUAAUGAGAUGGGAUUUUAUGUUUUGUUUUUUUUUUGUUUUUUUUAUUUGCUCACAUGAUUGACUUUUGUUCCUGUUUAUACUUUUAUGCACUGUCUGUAUGCAUACUCAGUGUGUAUGUACGUUAUAGACUUUUCUCUAGUUUUUGACACUAAGGGUCCAUGCUGCCGCUGUGUUUCUCAGUUGCCUGUUUGAAUUAUUAUUAUUAUUAUUAACUGUUUUUUUUUCCCUGCCUGAAAGUUACCUCAUCAUUCCGUUUUCAUUACAAAUGCUUCACAGCACAACUUUGACAUUUAACAAAUAUUUUUUCCUUUUUUUUUUUUUUUUUUUUUCCUUUAAAGAAAAAGUUUCUGUGGUUUGCAGUGGCACAUGUUACAUAUAUAUCUAUAUAUAUAUAUACUGUAAAAAUAUAUGAAUAUCUAUAUACCAAAUAAAAGGCUUGAUAUAAACUUU